UGGAAUGUGCUCACCGUGAUCUCCGCCAUGCCAGGUUGUCCUGCUUUCCUGCUGUUCCCGCGCUUUAAGUCGUAUACCCAAGUUAACACAAUGAUGUGGGACCUACGCGGCAACGAUGCCGCUCAAGAUCGGCGACGUUCUCCGAAUCCUAGGUUUCCAAUGCCAUCCAUGUUUUCACAUGAGAAUCCCCCUUCGCUUAUCCAGGAAGGCUUUCCUUCUCGCGCGCGCGCACCUCCCCCACCGAUCCCCCAUGCAACGCGACCACCCCCAUCUCCCUAUAUGUCUCUACCACCACCUCACCCUUUGAUGUCUCGUCGUCCACCGCUUCAUUCUCACAGGCACGGGCAUCACCAACAUUCUCAUUCGACUUCUGCCAUACCUAAGCCUAUUCGUCGCACCACCUCGCAGCAGCUCCGUUUCGCGCCACCCACCCAGCCUUCGUCCCACUCACUUCAGCACGCAAGCAGUUCGCAAAAUUUGCACCGCUCACGUUCUUCACAACAUCUACGUCCGCCAGCGCCUCACUCAGGUCCCUCAGGGAAUGGUCAGCGAUCGCGCUUAAACUCGGCAAGUAGCGCGCAUAGGCCUAUCGUUCAUCCUCAGCAGCAGGUGCAGCCACAUAUUCACCAACAGGUCGUGCAUCAUAACGGUCAUGUUCAUUUCCAAUAUUCCAAGUGCAACGGGCGGAAGAAAGCACUAUGCAUCGGAAUUAACUAUACAGGUCAACGACGCGAGCUUCGGGGCUGUAUCAACGAUGCGCACAAUGUGAAGCGGUUUUUAACAUCCAAUUGGGGCUACAAAAACGGCGAUAUUGUAAUGUUGGUCGAUGACACCAACAAUUCGAGGCAAAUGCCAACAAGGCAAAACAUUCUGGAUGCGAUGCGUUGGCUUGUGAAGGACGCUCAUCCUCAUGAUGCACUGUUUUUCCACUACUCGGGCCACGGGGGACAGAUUCCAGACCAGGAUGGGGAUGAAGCUGAUGGACUUGAUGAAGUUAUAUACCCUGUCGACUACAAGAAGGCCGGAUUAAUUGUUGAUGACGAAAUGCACCGCAUUAUGGUCAAAUCAUUGCCUGCGGGUUGUCGUUUGACUGCUAUCUUUGACUCUUGUCACUCAGGAACGGCACUAGGUAAGUACAUCUAUCAUUCGAAUGGACGCCUCAAGGGAAACAGUACAACACCGCAGUUUCAAGCAGCGAAGGCCACAAAUGCUGACGUGAUAUCAUUCUCGGGCUGUCGCGACGAUCAAACUAGUGCUGAUACAAGACAGGGUGGUAUGGCUGUUGGGGCUAUGAGCUACGCCUUUGUCAAGUCUUUAUCAAGGAAUCCAGUACAAACUUACCAAGAACUGCUCAAGUCUAUUAGGGACAUUUUGAAGCAACAUUAUCAGCAGAAACCGCAACUAUCGAGCUCGCACCCCAUUGUAAGCCUUGCAGUUUGUAGUGUGGUAGAUUCAGAUUAA